UUCACAACUUGAGUCUAGAAUUAUACCUCAAGGGUAGGAAAUGGUUGUUCUAUGGAGCCUGUGUCCAAAAUAUUGUCUCUCUAUUCAGAAGUGUCAUCGUAGAAUGGCUAAGUAACAUCACUUUGCUUCCAUGGCUUGUUACAAUGGCGAGAUCGGCACAAAAUUUCCAACGGGGCGAUGGGAAGAGUUUUGCAAAGACCGGGGCGAAGUAGCGGCGAUCCAUUUCGCUAAUGAAUUCCUUCAAUUUCUGAGAGAUAACCCAGUUUUUGAUAUAUCGGGAGCAUCUGGUACAUUUUCUAAGCGUUUCGUAGAGCAUUUCCUUCAAGCAUUUGACGUAGAGGUCCAUAAACAAGACGGAUUUUUGGAUCUCGAGGCGCCCGACUCGCCGACCGAUGUGUUUGGCCCAGAUGAUUGGGGAUCGAGCGUUCACCUUACGGGCACAUUUAAAGCUCCAGAGAAAAAAACAAAUGAAUCUAGCUUUAAAUUCCUCGAAAAAUUAAAGGACGUGAAAGGAUUUUUCAAGCGAAAUGCGAACGAAGAGUUACCUCCUGCCAAACAGGCGGAAACGAGGAGAGAUUUGGAAGAUCAGAGGGCUCAAUUUCUUGAGACGAAACUGACAACUUCUAUCAAACGGGAAGGAAUGAUGAGCUAUUUGAUGAACUUGGAAAGUGGAGUGAAUACAGAGGACUUCUUCUGGCAGAAAUGUCGAGUGGUUCUCUUCAAAGCACCUGGAGGGUUCAUGUUAGAGUUUUAUACACCUCCAAAGUCACCUAAACCAAAGACAGGAAUAUUCUGCUUUCUUAUUCACGAAGCAAGGCCUGCAACAGAAUUAGAGCUGCCAGGAGGAGAAAAUGUUUUUGUUAUUAAGGCUGUUAACAAGAGAGAGUAUAUGCUAGCUGUUAAUCACAGGGAGGAGAUGGACGAGUGGCUGGCUGAGAUAAGAAAAUGCAUGGAGGAAGAUCAAGGGUCAACAAGUCAAAGCACUCAAUCAAUAUCUGGUUCUGAUGAGAGAGGUGCAGAGGCAGCUCUCCCUGUGAGUACCCCUGCAGAAGAUACAGGAGUUGUCUCAAACUCAUUAGUGGGAGCUAAACUUGGAAAUGGUGAAGCACUCAGAGUCAGACUUGAUAGUUACCCCGCAGAUAACAAAUCCACAGGUGCAGUGUCCAAUUUAGCAAAAAGACGGAAUGUUUACACUCCCUCGUCACUUCACAUACAAAACAGAUCCACAGGAUCAUUUUCUUCACCUCACGGUCCUCAGACCCCGACAUAUCAAGAUGAUCUACCCCAUGGCCGUCCUCCUCCUGAGCUUCCUCCACGGUCGCCAACAAGCAGUGAGGCCACACCCCCUCUUCCACCUAAUCAGCCUGAUCUGUUGCGGCAGAUUUCUGCCCAAGGGGCACCACAAUCAACUAAUGAAGGUAGAAUUCUUUAUCAUAUAUCUACAUCAAGCAGUAAUGCAACAUGUUGUUUUCGUCAAGGAGGUUGUCUAAACUUUCAUCUCAGGCUUGCCUUGAAUGUGGAAGGCCAAUGUCGUGUCCAGCAUCUCUGGUUUCAGAGCAUUUUUGAAAUGUUGGAGCACUUUCGUGCUAAUCCAAUACCGCUAGAGAGUGGUGGACCUUCUGAUGUAAUGCUUACAAAUUUUGUGGUUUAUACAAGUUCUGGUUCAUCGCGAUCUAGAAGCUCCUUGCAACAUGCCCAUGCAGGCAAUGGAGGUGAAGGUGGUCUACGUCGUUCUCACAGCCUUCAAGUAAACAGGAUAACUAGAGCAGCAACUAUCCAAGGUGGCUCUGUUCGAAUUGCAUCAAAUACAGCCAAUCAGGCACCUUCUAGGGCGGUUGAAAAUCAGUAUGCCUUUGUUUGA